GAGUGAGCGAGAGAGCUGUCGGCCACUUCCUUUCGUCUUUCGCCUCUUUCCGGUGCGUUGAAAGUUUCCCUUUUCGUUUUUCGUUCGCUGCUUGUUUUUCAUUUUUUUCUUUUGUGGUAUCUUUCAGUUGGCGUCGAGCAUUUCCUUAAGGCAAACGCUGCUUUGAUUUGCCCUCCGCGUGUUCCUUUUUUUCGCUACUCGGAUAUUCGGAAAUAUUUCAAAAAUAUCUGUUUGACUCUGUGAGAAGUGCUGUGAUCAUGGCUCUGGUGGCCCACCGAAUGAUGUUGCCCGCGCGGCAUCGAAAAAGCACCACUCAGCAGGUGGCCCGGAAUAAGGUGGGCGUUUUGCUCGUUCCCAGUGUGGCGGACUAUUACGCUGGCGAGUUGCCACCGCCCCCGGGAGCAGCCACGCCCACUCCGGCCGGUUCGCAAAUGCAUCUGCCUCAGGAUGCGACGGAAACAGCCGCCGAUGGCAACAAUGGAAAAUUUUGUUGUUCUUGGUCAUGGUCGGAUUAAAAAACUCUGUUAGUCCAUCACGUAUACGAC